AUGGCCUCGAGGACGUCCACACUCUACACCAUCGCUGGUGUCACCGCCCUCGGCGGCCUCGUCGCCUAUGCCGUAUGGUUCGACCACAAGCGGAGGAACGACCUGGAGUUCCGCAAACAGCUGAAGAAGGACAAGAAGCGAGCAGAGAAACGAGCAGCAGCAGCACAAAAGAAGUCCGACAAUGGCACGGGUGAUGCUGAUCUACAGGCGGCUGUCCUUGAGAUCAAAAAGGAGAUAUCUUCGUUGCCUCAAGAGCUACACCAGCAGUACUUCACUCAACAGAUUGCCAUAGGCGAACAAAUGGCGGCACAGGGCCCCAUGUUCCGUAUGCAGGCAGCGCUAGCCCUUUUCAAAGCACUCUGCGUCUUCCCUCGACCUCAAGAACUGAUUCCUGGUUUGCAAGAGGUUCUGCCUAAGGAAGUAUUUGAGAUUGUUCUGGAGCUACUGAGUGUGGAAGUGAGUAUCCCUAACUCGUCCGCUCUGGAGGAAAUAGAUGUCGGGGAAAUCGCAGCAGAGGACGAGUCCAGCCCAACGAGGUCUGAGCCGCCCUCAGAGACGUCGCAGGAGUGGGACAAGUUGCAUAUUGCCGCGUCGGCUCCCCUCAUCUACCUCCCGGCUCGUCUUUUGUCAAUGCGCAUUGAAGGUUACUUUAAGGCGUUCCCGCCUGCUGGCAUGGGUGUUUCAAUCAAGACUGCUCCUGGCGGUGAGAACAAACUGCGUAAUAUUCUCGUGGCAGCGAAGGACUUUGAAGCAGGAGACCUCAUCUACAAGGAGCGACCCCUUGUUGCGGUGCUUGACCUGGAUCUUGAAGGCCAAGGACGCUACUGCUCGCACUGUCUCCGCCGCAUCGAGGAUGAUUCGGCUAUUCGUCCCGAAAAUGACCGCCUUAACUCCGUAUAUUGCUCUGAGGACUGUAGAGCGCGAGCACAGGCAGAAUCACAGAAUCUGCUCUUUGGUUUGAAACCUGUCCUUCCGGAGGAAGUCGAUAGCGGUCUUUCAGAAUUAAUCCGAGAGCCUCGUGACGAGGCGCAGAAGAAAUUCGUCGAGCACCUCAAGUCCGAAGGUCGCACUGUCCCACUGCUUGUCGCGCGCUUCGUCUCCAAGCAGGUGGCGAUUGAGACAGCGAAGCAAUUCGCGAAAGGCAAAAACCCGCUUAUCGAGCAGAUGACUGCUGAAGCCAUGUCGGACAAGGACUAUUCCCUCUAUGAUCACAUGGAACGAUUGCGUUUCAUCGACGGCGAGGUAUCAGAAGAAGAAACCAAACUGCUCUCUGCCGUUCUUGGAAGCGCCCUCCCUGGCCUUGAAAACCUGCUGACGUCGGAAAGGUAUGCUACAUAUAAGGGUAAGAUGAGGUACAACACGAUUGGCAUCUCGUAUGAUGAUGGUCGCGACGACAAACCCGCAUCGACCUUCCGUCCUGAGGAUCAAGAGAGGACGCGCACUCCAUCUGGUACAUCCCGGCAGAUAGGCAGCGGACUCUUCCUCGUGUCCUCCUAUAUGACGCACUCAUGCGAUUCCAACGCCCGACCUUCGUUCGAGUCCGGCAACUCGGAGCUGUCCCUAAUCGCGGCACGGCCGAUCAAGAAGGGCGAGGAGAUUACGAUGACCUACGUCGACGUCUCCCAGCAUCCCGACGAGACGUCGGAAGAGGCUAGACGGCGCCGUCGGUUCGAGCUUGCUCGUGGCUGGCGAUUCAAGUGCGAAUGCGAGCGCUGCCAGGCGGAGGCGACUGGGGGCAGUGACAAUGAGGUGGAUGUUGAGAAGGACGAGUCCAAAGUGGAGGAUUUUGUUGCCCGCGUGUUGGGAGGAGCCCACGCGGAAGACGGCCAUGCGUAA